AUGUAUAAGUAAGAGGCAUAUUGGCUAUUUCUCUAGAUAUUGUGGAUGAAAUGGCUAACAAAGUUAAUUUGAGGUAAAUUGGACCUCACUUACAAGUUAAGGGGCAAAACUGACACUUAAAUCCUUACAAUUUGGCCGAAUGUAAUAAAAAAAGUUUUACAGAAAGUGUCCAUUGUGGGAAAUAAUAAAUAAGGAGAAUUUCAUGUUAUUAUAGGCGGAUUAGGACAUCAUUCGACAGGACCGACACUAAAAAGAGAAAAAGAAAAGAAAUAAAAAAGAGAAAAGAGAAUAUGAAAACCAUAAUGGAUGUCUCGCAUUGUUCUUCUCCGUGUCUAUUUAGGCGUCAAACUUCUCUCUCAUGACCCCCCGAAAAACCAGAAAACAUUCUACCAAGCAGAAAUCUCAAAAGACAAAUCUUUAUUGUGAAAACAUUUUUUGAAUUUUCAACUUUUUUUUUUCUUUUCUUUUUUCCAUUUAUCUUUCAAUCAGAUUUCAAUUAUUUCUUUUCUUUUGAGAAAAAAUAUAUUUCUGCAUGCAUUCAUAUAUGUCAUUGAUAUUACCAUUUUUAAAGACUCAUCGUAGCUUUGAUCUAGUUAUUACACGACUUAUCCUUAUUUUUCAAUAUUAAUUUAUGAGUUGUUGAGAUUGAAAAACGUUUUGCUAUGGUUUUUGUGUAAUUCAUUAACAAAACUGGCAAAUUUGUAAAUGGCUGUAAAAAUUAAAAGGGUAUUUGUGUUUCGAGUGACAAUUCUUUUUGGUUUUUCCUCGAGAUAAAUUUAUAUUUUGUGUAUUGGAUACUGAAUUUUAUAUGUAAUAAAAUUGUAAAGACAUUCUCAAAUUUUGAUGAUAUAAUGAGAAGGCAAUUUUGCGAAUGGGGUGAUUAUUUGAAAGGCAAUGGAAUUAAGAAAAGCUGCAUAUUGGUUGAUGAUUCUGCUUUGCACGCUGGCUACCGAGAGAAUACAAGGCAUGAGGAAAGGAGAGAUGCUCUUUGAAAAUUGCUCUCCUCAGAUAAUUAAACAAAUUGAAGAGCUGGCAUGGAUCCAUUGCAGCAAAGAAUUGACAGACAAGAAAGAUUGCUUUAUAGGUUUUGACUUUUGUUUGCUUCAGCACAUAUCUACCAAGUCAAAAUCAAUAUGCAUACAUGAAGUUAUCAGUGUUCUACCAUCCCAUUUGAAACAAGAAUUUUUAAAUUGUUUGAGGAAGGAAAUCUUAUAUUCUGGUUCUUCUGUCCAAGGGGCUAGUCCCUUUGACCGGUUCAUCAAGUGUUUUCAGUGGCCUCUUCAUUGGUCAAGUUCUCCUAGAAGAUAUCUAAUAGGCGACUCUCAUCCACACAUAAAACCAGUCCCUUCUCCAUCCCUAGCUUCGAAACGUGCUGCGGCAACUCCAGAGUAUGAUCCAGCACUCGCCAGCUUUCUAUCAUUGAUCCCUCCAACUCAUCCACUUUUUCAAAAGAAGUUAGGUGAACAUCAGCAGCAACACACAGAUAAAUCUCCUCCCGUACCUUCGUCACAUGCAAAUCAUAAACAUUCUCCACCAAAAUCACAUGCUCAUAAACUUAAAAAACCACAUACCCGCUAUGGCAUUCGAAACGAAGUUUUCAUUGCUGUUGUUGCAACUGCAAUUGCAACAUUUUGUUUUGUUGCUGCACUCUUCUGCUGCUGGUUAUACUUUAGGGGUAGAAACAACAGAAUUGGAUCUCGAGAUAGACAAAGAGAUGACAGGCCUCUUCUCCACUUAAGUGAUUUCUCUACUAGUUCUUCACAGAAUUCUUCUGGUUUUGGAAAUUCCAUUUACAAGGAUUUCAGUUCUAGCAGUGGAAAGACUAUGUCUUUGAAGAGUAAUAUGUCUAUGAAGAAUGGAAAUCAUGGUCCCUUAUUAGUUGAGGCGCCAUCAUCAAAUGGAGAAGUAUUUCCUCCUCUAAAACUUCCUCCUGGAAGACCAGCUCCUCCACCUCCUCAACCUCCUGCACCUCCUCCUCCUCCUGCUCCCCGUCCCCCACCACCACCAAAAGCUGCUCGUCCUCCACCCGCUCCUCCACCAAAGGCCAAGGCAAAGCCUUCUCCUCCCGUGCCACAUCGUCGGGGACUCAGUGAUUCUGCCAAGACAGAUGAUGAUAGUGAAUCUGGUUCUACAAAGGCCAAGUUAAAGCCAUUCUUCUGGGAUAAGGUCAUGGCCAGCCCUGAUCAUUCUAUGGUCUGGCAUGAGAUUAGUUCUGGAUCAUUCCAGUUCAAUGAGGAGAUGAUAGAGUCAUUAUUUGGUUAUAAUGCUACUGCUAACGGGAAGAAUGACCGCAGAAGAGAUUCAGCUGAACCUUCAUUCCAGUAUAUACAAAUCAUUGAUACCAGGAAAGCACAAAACUUAUCAAUUCUUCUACGCGCAUUAAAUGUGACUACAGAAGAAGUUCUUGAUGCCCUACGAGAAGGUACUGAACUUCCAGCAGAGCUCCUCCAAACUUUGCUGAAGAUGGCACCAACAUCAGAAGAAGAAUUGAAGCUCAGGUUAUUCACGGGUGAUAUUUCUCAGCUAGGCCCUGCAGAGCGUUUCCUCAAAAUCUUGGUCGAACUACCAUUUGCUUUUAAACGGAUGGAAUCAUUGCUAUUCAUGAGUUCUCUUCAGGAAGAACUGUCAACACUCAAGGAGUCCCUUGCAACUCUUGAGGUGGCGAGUGACAAGCUCAGAAACAGCAGGCUAUUUUUAAAACUAUUAGAAGCAGUUCUGAAAACGGGUAAUCGAAUGAAUGAUGGUACAUACCGCGGUGGUGCACAGGCUUUUAAGCUUGACACACUCUUGAAACUCUCUGAUGUUAAGGGGACAGAUGGCAAGACUACACUUCUACACUUUGUUGUUCAGGAGAUUAUCCGCUCUGAAGGUAUACGUGCUGUCCGUGCAGCAAGAACAAGCCAGAGUCAUUGUAGUGUAAAGUCUGAUGAUUCUAUUGAUGAUACCAGCCAGGAGGCUGUAGAACACUAUCGCAACCUUGGUCUUAAGAUGAUCUCAGGUUUGAGCACUGAAUUAGAAGAUGUUAGAAAGGCAGCGGCAAUAGAUGCUGAUAUCUUAUCAUCUUCAGUGUCCAAGCUUACGCAAUCAAUGAUAAGAGCUAAAGCUUUUCUUGAUUCUGACUUGAAGAGUUUGGAACAAGAUAGUAAAUUUUAUCAAGCACUGGCUAGUUUUGUGGAUCGUGCAGACUCUGAAGUCUCAUGGAUAUCAGAAGAAGAGAAGAGGAUAAUGACUCUGGUACAGAGCACCGCAGACUAUUUUCAUGGGAAUGCAGGAAAGAAUGAAGGUUUACGCUUGUUCACAGUUGUACGCGAUUUCUUGAUAAUGGUAGAUAAGGCAUGUAAAGAUGUCAGAGAUGACAGAGCAGCAAGGCCAAAGAAGACUUCCAAGAAGGAGGCUCCAGAAUCUUCAGCUUCCCUUGAUAACCGUCAAAACUCAGAUAAUCGUCGCCAGCAAUUAUUUCCUGCCAUUGCAGGAAGACGGAUUGAUUAUUCAAGUUCUGAUGAUGAGAGCCCAUCUCCUUAGCUUUUAUUCAAAUAGGUGGCUUUGAUAUCUUGGAGGCUUGAUGACAAGAUUGUACAUACUGCAGGAAGAAAUUGCAUGCCCCUGUCCUGUCUGUAGCAGCAUAUGAUCUAUCAUUGUUAAAAACUAUCAAAUUAUGCUUAAAAGUUAAUGCAGAAUAUAUUAUUGUAGAAAGAGGAUAGACUCAGAAGUGAUGGCUUGUGUCGUUAAGUUUCCCCUUGAAGGCUCAUAGAUAUUUGUUGUACAGUUAGUACUUAUCUGAUAAGCAUAAAAAUAUCUAUAUAUACACUGGAGUUAUUUACUUGUGCA